GUCUUCUUGGCGCGCGACGCUAAAUGCAGUGCCCGAGGUUUUAUGGCGUGGUAGUCGCUCAGGAUUUCUUGGUGUCUCUGUGGAGCCAUUGAGCCUCACCCCUUACUGGAGGCUGCAGGACCCUCUACACACAGACAUCUGUCCAGCAUGGAAGGUGGGCUGAAGCCCAGGGUGAACAUGCCAGCUAAUGGGACAUCACCCCAGAGAUUCCCUGCCCUGAUUCCGGGAGAACCUGGCAGAUCUUUUGAGGGGUCCGUGUCAUUCGAGGAUGUGGCUGUGGAUUUCACCCAACAGGAGUGGCACAGACUGGACCCUGCUCAGAGGACCAUGCACAAGGAUGUGAUGCUGGAGACCUACAGCAACCUGGCAUCUGUGGCUCAUGAAGAUGCACCUUCCUCCUCCAUCAGAGGCCCUAGAGCUCAGACAACUUGGCCCACGUCCUGUGCCAUUUCCCAUUAACAGGCCUCUGCGUGGCCAAACCAGAGAUGAUCUUCAAGUUGGAGCGAGGGGAAGAGCUGUGGAUAUUAGAGGAGGAAUCCUCAGGCCAUGGUUACUCAGGUAAGUGGGCAAGAACUGGACAUAUGGAAAA